AUGCUGUUAACUUCUCCGCUAACCCUCCAAUUCAAAUCCCUCUCGCUCUCCACCCCAUUUCUCCAUGGCGGCGGCAGCGGCGCCGUCCCCUUGUUCAAUCCCGGAACCUCCUCCGCCGCGCCGCGGCCGCGGCCGCCCUCCGCCGUUCGCCCCGUCAUCAGGGCGAUGAGGACACUGCAGGGGAAGGUCGUCUGCGCCACCAGCGACAAGACGGUGGCGGUGGAGAUCGUCCGCCUGGCCCCUCAUCCAAAAUACAAGCGCCGCGUGAGGAAGAAGAAGAAGUACCAGGCCCACGACCCGAUGAACCAGUUUAAGGUUGGGGACCUUGUCCAGCUCGAAAAGUGCCGGCCCAUCAGCAAAACCAAGACUUACUGGGCCGUCCCGGCCCCGCCGCGGAACAGGUCCAAGCCCAAGGAGGGAGCCGAGGCGGAGCCGCCCAACGAGCUGGGGAUUCCAUUGGAAACUAAUUUAGUUCUAUAUUUAGCUAGUGAUAGGUUUGCAGUUGGCUUGUCGCCUGUGAAUAUUCGAAAUGCAGUGGUAAACAAAGAUCUUCCUUUUGUGCCCUUUUCAUCUGGUCUUGAAGUGAACAUCAACGGCCGGGAUUCAAUCUUGUUGGGAAGGAUGAAGAAACUCGAGGGUAAAAUUGUCACGUGGCUUGAGCUGCAGCCCCCAGACAACCUGUUGUUAACAGGUGAGUACACGAUUGUGAAUUCGUAA